AUGGCCGCCUUCGGCGCCGCGCGGUGCCAGGCGACCGUGGGGCGCGAGCUCGAGGACGACGACGAGGCCGUGACGGUCGUCCCCGGCGACGCCGAGGAGGCGCCCGCGCCGACGACGCUCGUGCUGCUCAUGGCGUCGCACAUCGCCUCCGCGGACCGGCUCUGCGCCCUCGGCGACGCCCUGCGCGCGGCGUCGGCGGCGCAGACGGCGGCGCCCGACGGCAUCCUGCUGUCCUGGAGCGCGGAGGAGGCGUGGAGAGAAUCCGCGCGGCGGCUCGUGAAGGAAUGCGACUGCGACGCGGUCGAAUGCGCGGGCCGGCGGUCCCAGUUCGAGCACCUGGCGGCCCUCGGCGCGCUGGUCGCCCACCGCUGGGGCAAGAAGCGCAGCGUCUGGUGCUUCUUCGGCGACGACGACGACCUCGCGCACCCGUCGCGGACCGCGGAGUACCGCGCGGAGCGCGUCGGCGAGCCCUACGAGUACUUCCACUACGCGGUGCGCGUCCCCGCGCUCCUGUCCUUUCUGGGCGCCGCGCCGCCGGCGCUCAAGGCCGCGCGCUUCUGCGACGUCGCCUUCGUGGAGUUCCUGCGGCGCACGGACCGCGUCGUCUUCUCGCCGCGGAGCGGCGCGUUCAAGGCGUGCUGGCUCUACUUCUACGGCGGCUGCGACGGGCCCCGCGCGUCGCGGUCCGUGCCCGUGGACGCCGCGGCGCGGACCUUCGCGGCGGCGCACGUCGACGCCGCGCGGCGCCUGAGCUGCGGCGCGGCGCUCGAUUUGGACUCGUUCGCGCGCUACGCGGCGCACUUCCGGAGCCGCCUCGAGUUCUUCGCCGCGCGCAUGGUCGGCGGCGCGCCGCGGCGCGCGGACGCGUUCCUCCAGCUCGCGCCGGACGUCGUCGGCGACCUCGCGCGCCUCGGGCUCCACAAGUGCCCCCACCUCUUCCUCUGGUGCGCGAGCCGCGCGCUCCACGGCCUCCUCGAGUUCGCGCGCGACUUCGGCGUGCGGCUCAGGCCCGACGCGGCGGCGCUCCUCGACGCCGCGGACACCGUCGCCGACCUGACCGCGGCGGCGCUCGUCGCCGUCGUCGCGCCCCGCAAGGGCCCGGCGCCGCGGCGGCCGCCGGCCUUCGGCCAGGACCGCGUCGUCCUCAUGCAGGCGAGCGUCAUGCGCGCGGCGGCGGCGCACGUCGCCGCGGCGCUCCCGCGCAACGGCGACGCCGCGCCGCCGGGCGUCGCGCGCGUCCGGGCCAUGGCCGCGACGUGCGCGGCGGACGCGCUCCUCAAGGAGCUCGUCGCCCGCGGCUGA